GGCGCGCGCGCGCGGGCGCUGCGGCCGCGGCGGCUCCUCAGCCGUAGUAGCGCCGGAGGACGGGCUUCGGGCUCCCGGCUCCGGGCUUCGGGCGGCGGCCGGGCGGGCGCGCGCGGACCAGCCGAGUGGGCCGAGACGCCAGGCCCCGCGGCCGCCUCUCGCUCGGCGCCCGGCGCCCGGCCCGCGCCAUGGCCGCGUCGCCGGGCUCCGGCAGCGCCAACCCGCGGAAGUUCAGUGAGAAGAUCGCGCUGCACACGCAGCGGCAGGCCGAGGAGACGCGGGCCUUCGAGCAGCUCAUGACCGACCUCACCCUGUCGCGGGUUCAGUUUCAGAAGCUUCAGCAGCUGCGCCUCACACAGUAUCACGGAGGAUCCUUACCCAAUGUGAGCCAACUUCGGAGCAGUACGGCCGAGUUUCAGCCAUUUCACCAGGCAGACAGCGUGCGGGGAACCCGCCACCAUGGCCUGGUGGAGAGACCAUCCAGGACCCGCUUCCACCCCCUUCACCGGCGGCCUGGGGACAAGCCGGGACGACAAUUCGAUGGCACCAGUCUGGGAGCCGGAUACUCCUCACAGCCCCUGGAUGAGAGUUGGCCCAGGCAGCAGCUUCCUUGGAAAGAAGAAAAACAUCCUGGUUUCAGACUGACAUCGGCACUUAAUAGGACUAAUUCCGAUUCUGCUCUUCACACGAGUGCCCUGAGCACCGAGCCACAGGACCCCUACGGAGGAGUGAGCCAGUCGGCAUGGCCUGCCUCGUAUAUGGGUUUCUGUGAUAGUGAGAAUGAUGCACAUGGAGAAGCGUCUUUCCCAGGUCCAUUGAAAGAAGAAAAUCUGUUGAAUGUUCCCAAGCCACUGCCUAAACAAUUAUGGGAGACCAAGGAGAUUCAAUCCCUGUCAGGACGCCCUCGAUCCUGUGAUGUUGGAGGUGGCAACACUUUCCCACACAAUGGUCAAAACAUGGGCCUCUCACCGUUUCUGGGGGCCCUGAACACUGGGGGAUCGUUACCGGAUCUGACCAACCUCCACUACUCGGCACCCCUGCCAGCCUCCCUGGACACUGGGGACCACCUCUUUGGAAGUAUGAGUGUAGGGAACAGUGUGGGGAACCUCCCAGCUGCUAUGACUCACCUGGGCAUAAGAAGCUCUUCUGGCCUGCAGAGUUCUCGGAGCAACCCCUCCAUCCAGGCCACGCUCAGUAAGACGGCACUGUCCUCUUCCCUCAACAGCCACCCACAGACGUCUGCUCCUGGAGCCACUGCCCUGCACCCCUCACUCCGGCUCUUUUCCCUCAGUAACCCCUCCCUCUCCACCACAAACAUCAGCGGCCCCUCUCGGCGUCGGCAGCCCCCUGUCAGCCCUCUCACGCUCUCGCCAGGCCCCGAAGCGCACCAAGGGUUCACCAGACAGCUUUCUUCCACCAGCCCCCUGAACCCCUACCCUGCCUCACAGAUGGUGCCUUCAGAUCAAAGCCCGCUGUCCUUCCUGCCCUCGGAAGCUCAAGUGUCCCCACCACCCCCUUAUCCCACAACCCAGGAGCUCCCCCAGCCUCUCCUGCAGUCCCAUGCCCAGGAGUCCCCUGUGCAGCAGCCUCAGGUGGCCUCGACACUGCCCCGUUCAGAUUUCCACCUCCUCACGGCCCAGGACUCUUCGUUGAGCAGCUUUUUCCCAGAUGUCAGCUUUGACCAGCAGUCCCUGAGGCCAGGCCCAGCCUUCCCUCCACAGGUGUCCCUGGUGCCACAGGGUCCCCAGGAACCCCAGGACCCAUUUCAUUUGAGACCAAACCUGUAUUCCAACUGCGGGAACUUUCCGAACACCAUCCUGACAGAAGACUCGAGCUCCAGCCUGUUCAAAGAUCUCAGCAGUGCGCUGGCAGGCAUGCCCGAGGUCAGUCUGAAUGUGGACACUCCAUUUCCAUUGGAAGAAGAGCUCCAGAUUGAACCCCUGAGCCUAGAUGGACUCAACAUGUUAAGUGACUCCAGCAUGGGCCUGCUCGACCCCUCUGUUGAAGAAACAUUUCGAGCUGACCGACUGUGAACAGAAAGGGACAGGAGGGUUUCUUUGUGAAAGAGCUGAAAUAGAAGGGAGCCAGCUGCCGCCCACCUGGGUUGUAUUUCUCUCAGGCUUCUGACCUGGAAGGAACCCAACCAUGGCUCCUAGCUUUCCCACGAGCUCCUGUCUCCUACACUGUGGCUUAUUCUAGACCACAGAGCUUUGCACUGCCUCUCAGGCCCAAGGCACAGACUGUUGCUGCAAGAAGGCUGCUUUGGAGCUUUCGUUGGACUGGUCCUGACUGUUACAUCUUCUUCUUGGCCAUCUAACUUGUUGGUGUGUAAGAGCAGAACCUCCCAGGUCCUAGGGGGCUCCAUAGAUCGCCUUGUACAUAGUGCUCAGAAUCCCAGUUCUCAGUCCAUGCUGAAAAAGGGACUUGGAAUGGCUGCGGUGAGGGCCAGAGGCCUUGGGAGCUGGCUCGGCAGCAAUAACGGUACCCCAGCACCUCAGUGCCUUCUCUGAUCCAACCAUGGGACUGUUCUCCUGCCAGCCUCUGGCAGGGAAGCUCCAGGGCAGAGUGGAGCCAUGGUGCUCUCAGAUGCCUUAAUCCUGAAAUGAAGAAUUUCUGCCAGUCUUGACUUCUGCAAACGGACUGCUACUAGGUUUUCUCUGCUCUGGAUCCUCUCCUGCUACUUCAGUGCCCCUUUUUCUGGGAUCAGCAGAAAAGGAAAGCUGUCUUGUGCUUCACUGAGAAGUGGUCUCCAGGAAUGGAGGAGCCUGAAAAGCACAGCUCUGCUCCCCGGAGGCUGAGGCAGAAGGGAAGAGGGGCUGCAGCUCAGCGGGAGGGAAGGCUGCUGGGCCAGGUCAGGCCAGCCAGCCACUGUGCCACAGCAGAGGGAGGUGCACUGUGGACUGGGAGCAUGACAUUUCCCCGCUUGACUGGUUGCUUCUUGAGAGCAGAGACAAGGCCUUACUCACACUGGGCCCUCGUGCGAGCAGCUCGAAGGAAAGAAAGGACAAGUCUGAUCGCCAGCUGACCCUAGCCCUUGCCAAAUCUCAGAGCCUUUGCUUUUCUAGCCCCUGUGCCUUGCUGAUGCUGAGCCUGCACUUUAUAAUGCCUGUCGUGCUAGGUGACCAAAUCCACAUUCACAGGGGUAUUUCCCCCUCUAGUGAGCCUGGGGAAACUCCUGUGAAGCAACCAUAGCAGCUGAAUUGCUCUAGGGGAGCUGGCCAGGCCUCCGCCUCCCGAGAAACCUUUCCUGUCACAUCCAAGUUUGUUCGAAAUGCUUGAAAGUCCUUCUUUGAGGGUAAAAGUGUCGUCUGCAAUGAAUGAAGUCUCCUCAUUAGUCCUCAGUGCCUUACUCAGCAUAAAUAGCGUCCCCAGGGCACCAGCACAGCCACUAGCCACUGCCUCUGACGCAGAUUAGAACAACAGUCCAGGCCUAGUGGGUACAGGAACAAUAAAGGGCGCCUGUGGGAUAUAGGCCCAGCCCAGCUAGCGCCACCCUUGCAGAAGCAGAAGGAAGGGGGCUUGUGCCACUGCUCGCAGAGAAGUGAGACCCUCCUGUGGGUCUGAGCUGCCGCCUGUGCCUUACGUGAGAGGACUGCGCUAGCCCCUCUGACUGUCUUGGCUCUCAGGCCUCUGCUCUGACAGCUGACCCUGCAGACGCUCAGCUCCCUCCACCUCCCUCGUGUCAAGUCUUCCUGUUUCUCAGUGUUCUGUUUCCCCAUCCCUGCUGUGAACCCCAGUCCCCUCCCUGAGCCCUGGCUGGGGACAGAGCAGCUGCCUCUGCUUCCCAAACAUUCUGCCCAUUUGGCCUUCAGAGCCCUUGACGCUUGAGAUCUCAGAGGGGUGUCUUUUGUUUUAAUGGUACACUGCACCCCAGCAUGCCGAACGAGGCCAGCUCUCUGCUGCAUUCCCCAAGUCAAAGGCCCUGAUCUGAUCCAGCCUUUCAGACGGGAUGGUGCUGAUGUCCUCAGAGGUGUUUGGAAAACUUGAGGUCCCAGAAAAAAACCCUCUGCGUAGUGCCUUUCCCAG